CCUGUCUGAAAAACCAGCUCAGUGUCAAACGAAAAAGCUCAAAUGACUUUCGCCGCGCUCCACUUCUUCAUCACCGGCUACUCUCAGGUAUGCCUGUGGUGAGUGCGUGCCCGGACAGGUAACCAGGAGCACCGCUGCUGCUGCUGCUGCUGCUGUCAUGGCCUGCUCCGCUCUGCAGCUCCUCCUCCUCCUCUCGCCGCUGUCGGUUCUGACCACCACAGCCGCCCCAGAACAUCCCGACCAUGAGUGGCACUUUAAACCAGCUCAGUGCCGUUACGCUCUGGGGAUGGAGGACGGGACCAUCCCAGACUCGGAUAUCAGUGCCUCGAGCGCCUGGUCCGACUCCACGGAAGCAAAACAUGGAAGGCUGAGCACCGGAGAGGGCGACGGAGCCUGGUGUCCUGCUGGAGCUGUCUUCCCGUCCGGAUCAGAAUAUCUUCAGGUGGACUUGCGUAAACUCCAUUUCCUGGCCCUGGUGGGGACUCAGGGUCGUCACGCCGACGGACACGGACGAGAGUUUGCCCGGAGUUACAGACUCCGAUAUUCACGGGACGGAGUCAAAUGGAUCACGUGGAAAGAUCGCUGGGGCCAAGACGUGGUGCAGGGGAAUGAGAACACCUAUGACGUUGUGUUGAAGGACCUGGGCCCUCCGAUCGUGGCUCGUAUGAUCCGCUUCCACCCUCUGUCCGACCGCGUGAUGAGUGUUUGUCUCAGAGUGGAGCUCUAUGGCUGUGUUUGGAACGAUGGACUGAAGGCCUACACAGCUCCAGUGGGCCAUGUUAUGUACCUCUCUGGGAUGCCCAUUUACCUCAACGACUCGACCUACGAUGGAAGCACAGAGCAAGGGAUGCAGUUCGGGGGCCUGGGGCAGCUGGUGGACGGGGUUUUAGGAGGAGAUGACUUCAUAGAGACCAAAGAGCUGCGGGUUUGGCCUGGAUACGACUACCUGGGCUGGAGCAGAGAGGCACUCGGGCAGCCCAGCGUGGACAUUGAGUUCCACUUUGAGAAACCGCGGGUCUUCAACAGCAUGCAGGUGCACAGUAACAACCGUCACACCCAGGGAGUUCGAGUGUUCAGUAAAGUGGAGUGUCUGUUCAAACCGGGCCUGCUGAAGCCCUGGUCCGCCCCCGGCCUCACCCUCUCCGUGCCCCUCGAUGACCUGAAGGACCCCUCCUCACGACCCAUCACGCUGCCCCUCGGAGCCCAGGUCGCUCAAAUCCUCCGCUGCAAGUUCUUCUUUGCGGAUCGCUGGCUGCUAAUUAGCGAGAUAUCGUUUCUCUCUGAGCCCGCAGAUCCAUCGGAGACGGAUUCAGUUCUUCCUAAUCUCCCCGAAAUCCCGUAUUUCAACAGUUCCGCUCUUCCGCCCAUUAACCCCAGCACUCCCACUCCAACCAUCACCUCCUUCAACACCACCCGGCCCAAUGACCCCCAAAACACCACCUCCUCCUCCUCCACCUUCACCACGGAGCCCCCCGGUAACUGGACCCUGUCAGGACCAGAAUUGGCUGCCGUGUCACCGAAGGCGGGGCUUCCGGUUGCCAAAGACGACAGCAGUAACACGGCGAUUCUGAUUGGCUGCCUGGUGGGGAUCAUCCUGCUGCUAUUGGCUGUUAUCGCCGUCAUUCUCUGGAGGCAGUACUGGAAAAAGAUCCUUGGCAAGGCACAGAACAGCCUCUCUGGCGACGAGCUCCGCGUGCACCUCUCCGUUCCCUCCGAUCACGUCGUCAUCAACAACACUCACAGUUACUCGAGCCGGUACCAGCGCAUCCACACCUUCCCCGACGACCGCGACCACGAGCGAGAGGGCGAGGGCGAGUACCAGGAGCCCAGUGCCCUGCUGCGAACACGGGACCAGAGCAGAGACAGCACCGCCUUGCUGCUAAACAACCCCGCGUAUCACCUGCUCCUGUCAGAUCACAGGAAGGCAGCGGCUCCCAGCACCUCUCGGGCCCCAGAAAAGUGCCUGAAUGUGUCCCCGGCCCAGGCCUGUGCCCUGGACCUGGAGCUGGAGAAGGGUUUUUCUCUGAGCCGCGAAGAGCCCCCUCCGUACCCAGGUGCCCCCCCGUACCCCACCCUGUCCCCGCCCGUGUCCCCUCCGCUGCCCCCUAGUGUCCCUCACUACGCGGAGGCCGACAUCGUGAGUCUACAGGGGGUCAGCGGGAACAACACUUACGCCGUACCUGCCCUGAGCUCGUCCAGCCCCGGGGCAGACGCGACUCCUCUGCCAGAACUGCCCCGACACUGCCUCAUCUUCAAGGAGAAACUGGGAGAGGGGCAGUUUGGAGAGGUACACCUGUGUGAAAUCGAGAACCCUCAGGACCUUCCCAUCCUGGAGUUCCCCUUCAACGUAAGAAAAGGGCGCCCUCUUCUGGUCGCUGUGAAAAUACUACGCCCGGACGCCUCCAAAAAUGCCAGAAACGAUUUUCUGAAGGAGGUGAAGAUCCUGUCCCGGUUGAAGGACCCAAACAUCAUCCGUCUGCUGGGAGUGUGCGUCAGCAGCGACCCCUUGUGUAUGGUGACAGAAUACAUGGAGAGUGGGGACUUAAACCAGUAUCUGUCCCAACGAGUGCUGCUGGACAAAUCUGAACCUUCACAUAACUCCCCCACUAUCAGUUACCCUGCUCUGAUCUCCAUGGCCAGUCAGAUCGCGUCAGGGAUGAAGUUUCUGUCUUCGCUGAACUUUGUGCAUCGAGACUUGGCCACGAGAAACUGCCUGGUGGGCGGAGACAGGGGGGAGGACGGGGCAGACUGCGGGGGCGAGAGGCAGAUCAAAAUCGCAGACUUUGGGAUGAGCAGAAACCUGUACGCCGGAGACUACUACAGGAUCCAGGGCAGAGCGGUGCUGCCCAUUCGCUGGAUGGCCUGGGAGUGCAUCCUCAUGGGUAAGUUCACGACGGCCAGUGACGUGUGGGCGUUCGGCGUGACUCUGUGGGAGAUGCUGAGUGUGUGUCAGGAGCAGCCGUACUCAAACCUGACGGACGAACAGGUCAUCGACAACGCAGGAGAGUUCUUCAGAGACCAGGGCAGACAGGUGUAUCUGACCCGGCCGGCGGUCUGUCCCCAGGGCCUGUACGAACUCAUGCUCAGCUGCUGGAACAGAGACUGCAAACUGAGGCCCUCCUUCGCCGAUAUCCACUCCUUUCUCACAGAAGACGCGAUGAACAUGGUGUAGAGCGAGAGAAAGUCUCAACGAGUACCGGCCUCUGGUGGUGGUGUUUGGGUACUGCACUUGUGAGGGGAACGGGGUGCUUGACGUUGGGUUCGUGGGCAGUGAGUGAGACCGCUGGCUCGGUCUGUUUUGACAAAUCCAGUACAACAUAAUGAUAGAUUUAAUUUGUGGUGGUGGGUGCCUUCUGCGUAGUAACUUUCAUUUCACUGGUAAAGGGUUCAUGAUAAACAUUACAUUAUAUUAGUUAUCUUUUGAUUUAGAUUUUUUUUAUUAAUGAAAGGCAAUUCUAGUAUUUUUAGUUUUGAUACAGUACCAAAUAGGCUCAAUUCUAGGACUAGCAUCGUUAUAUAAAUCUGUUGUUAUUAUGUUUAUGUAAAAGUGCAUUGAAGCGCACUGCUAGUCAUGGUUUUACAAGCUUUCUGUUAUAGGCAACAUUUUGAAGACUUUUUUUCCCCGUUCAAAAGAUAUAAUAUUUAGUUUUUAAUUGUUAAAGGGACAGUCUGGAA